AUGGCCAUCGAAACCACAUCAGCUGAUCGGAUUGCUUCGGAUCAAAAUAUGCAGGAACAUGACGAAAACUCAUUCUACAAUGUGCACAGCAUGUCAAAACAAAAACUGGUAAUGCGCACAGGGGAAUUAGGUAUGGAAAUCGAACCCAAGCUGGCGAGCCAAUUGUACAACGAAUCCAAUCUCCAGUAUGAUCAGACCUUGCUCAAUCGGGUCGAUGUUUGGCAUCAGGUUAUGGUGCAUCACGACAACAACUGUUCCAAACAAAAGGUCCUAGAAAUACUCUUCAAUGCCGUUCCGACCAGUGACUUUUUCCCGGUGGCGUAUCGGCGGUACGUUAACCUUGAUUUUUUCAUGAUCAGAAUGUGUACCCAGGCGCUAAUGAAGCUGUUCGAAGGUGGUCUGAAGCUGAAGUCUGGUCAAACCGAGCUACCGAUAAGCGUACGAUUGGGUGCGGCUAGAUUUUGUAGCGGGCAAAUUUUUCCCCGUCAAGUCAUAGAGAAGGCCGUAAAGGAAAGAUGCGACAACGCGACACAGUACGGAAACAUGAACAUGCUGAAUUUAGAUUGCUUUGCCGCGCAUAGUUAUGUGGAUGAGCUUUGCAUUAACCUCGGCAAUAGGACUCAAUUUGAGGCUGUGUGUUCGGUAAUUGGCAAUGUGCUGAGUGAAGCCGCCCACAUUAACACGCUGCGGCUGUCGAACAAUGGAAUCAGCCAUAUUUCUCUUUUAGCUGGUUUGAAAGCAAAUCAGCUUGUUAGCUUGGAUUUGAGAGGCAAUCGCAUCAAACACCCAAGUUUGCUUCGACAUUUGAGAGAACUGCCUUUACUGGAGCUGUACGUAGCAGACAAUGGCCUCACUGAAGUCCCGGAUCAUCAGAAACUUCUGUGUACUUUCUUUCCAAAGCUGCUGAAGCUGGACUCGAAUCUGAUACAAACUCAAGCAGUAAAUGCGCUGUAUAAUGUAGAUGACGUUGAAGAAGUGGAAAUAACUUCACCUGGUACAUUGCUGACUGCGAGCGAUUUGAACUUAGAGGCUUUUCAAAAGUACCAAAUGUCGCCGAAUUGGCAUCUAAUGACAGUGCACCACGGUGGUACCUGCAACAAGCAGGAUAUUUUGGAUGCACUGCUUAAUCUGUUGGACGCGCACCAAUUUUUCCCUUGCUAUUACAAAACGUAUUCCAAAAGAGAUGAAUUUCUCGUAAAAUCAUGUUUCAAAGCACUGAAAAUUCUGGUAAACCAAAAACUGAAAUUGCCCAUUCCGUCACGACAUACUGUACUGACGCUUUCGUUGGCGAUGAAUGUUGCCGUCCCAGGCGAUAGAGAUGUGAAACCGCUUAAAAAACUGGAGCAUUUCGUUAGUAAGCGAUUCCAUUUAGGCAAUCUUGAUCUGUGCUCUAUGCAGACAGCUCUGAAUGAAUACAAAUUUGUGGAUUUUCGUGCCCGAAGCCGGAGCACGUUGGAUUACAUGAUAAACUAUGCUGCUGAGAAAUACAGCGCGAGUUGUUUUGUAUUGCGGCUACGCCACAAUGAGCUGCAGAACUGUAUGGCCUUGACAAGUUUAUCGAAAUUUAAAAAGCUGGUGUCUCUCGAUUUACGAUUCAAUUCGCUCGCCAAAAUAUCCGAUCUGCGCGGUAUACCUUACAAUACUAUCAAUGAAGUAUUUCUCGAUAACAAUCCAUUAUGCAGCACGGUAUCUUCUAGCGUAGAUUACGUGCAACAGGUGAAGAAGUAUUUUAGCAUGCUGCAGCAGCUUGAUGGAAGUCCUCUAGUGGGAAAUUUCAGCGUUUUUCAGAACUAUAUUUGCACUCCGGAGGCGUAUAAAUUUGCAGAGAUGUUCGUGCAACACUACUUUUCGUUGUAUGAUUCGUUCGAACGAGAUAAGUUGCAUGAGCUGUACCAUUCAAAGGCGCAGUUUUCUAUGACGUGUGGUUUCGAUAUAAAUCAGUCGGUCCCACUGAAUCCACUGCAACAGGCCCAAGCUAAUUACAACCAUUUCAGCCGUAACAUACUGCAGUUUAACGGUAACACGGACCGUUCGAUGUCGAUGCUUAUUUUGGGUAACGAACGUAUCGGUUGCUUGUUAAUGUCCUUCCCCAGCACAGUAUUCGAUUUAUAUUCGUUUCAUAUCGAUGUGCCAAUUUUUACACCGGAUCAUGUGCUUAUUACUGUGCACGGUCGGUUGAAGGAGGGCGAAUCGUCGUUGCUGAGUCAGAGCCUGGGAUUUACGCGUACUUGGCUCAUCAAGCCGUGUGGCAAAGGAAAGCAUCUAUUCGAAAAUGCAUUGGAGUACAAAAUUCAUAACGACAUGCUUCAUUUGUACUCCACGACGGACCAAGAAAAUGAAAUUCCUUCAAAUGGAAACGAGGCCAAGCAAAACACGGAUGCUCAGAAAGAUGCACCCCUUUCCGACGGAGAUGAUCGAACAAAUGCUCUAAUCGUGCUACAGGAAUUGACGCGUCUGGAUCAUCAGUGGGCUACACGUUGUUUGGAAGAAUCUUCUUGGAAUCUGAAGCUGGCGUUGAACGUGUUUUUGAAAUUAUACGAGUCAAAGCGCAUUCCACCUGCUGCAUUUGUGGACGGCGCAUCGUAGAAAACGCUUUCGCAACACUGAGAUAAUCAUCAUUAUUAACGUAUUUUCAAAGAAAUCAAAAAGCUGCUCGUAUUUUACCACCGAAUAUUGUUGCUGUUACCAUUAUAUUUUAAUUCAUUCAAUGGGCUCGAAGCUCUUCAAUCUGUUUGCAAACGGUUUUGUA